UCUCUCUCUUUUCCUCCCUUCCCCCUUCUCCUUCUUCUUCUCGCGAUCGCUUCGAGUUCCGUCGCCCAUCGAAGCUCCUCGUCGUGCGAAGAUGCCUGCGUGGUGGAAGGGGAAGCACAAAUCGAAGUCGAAGUCCGUUCCCCGCCCUGGAACGGAGCAAGAGACGCCGUGCACGCCGGCGGGGACGCUCGAAGAUCAGUUUUUGGACUCGAGGCACGGGAGUAAGGAGAAAUUGAUUAGAUUUGACGAGUUUGGCGUCGCUAGUAAGAUUGGGGAGUAUCCCAUUGUCGGCGAUCGAGGCAGGGGAGGAGGUGGAUCUCGGACGUCUGGUCACCCUCUACCGCUUCCAUCGACGGGAUCUGCUUCGGCCUCAACGUCGGCUUCGGCGUCUGCUUCGACUUCCAGUGUUAGCUCAUCCGGGUCGGCGGAUGAGACCCCGCAUCUUGCGUCCUAUAGGUGUUCUGACCUCGUCAUGGGAGGAAAAAAUGGAGGGCGUGAUUUGCAAAGGCAUGAGCAUGUGGCUGAAAGCAAGCAACACUUCUUAUGCAGUCCGGUUUUGGAACAUCUUAAUGGCGAAAAUUCAUAUUCUCAUGCCGAAACUUAUACAGAGACCAUAUUUAAUAGAAGAACAGCAAAUCCUUCCCCUGGUUCGAGAGGACAUCAUUUUCCAACUUCACCUGUACAUCCCAGUUCAGUUGGUUUAUCCCCAACAUCGUCAAAUCGCUGGCAAGAUAAUUUGCGCAGCCCGCCUCAUCCGCUACCUCUGCCUCCAAGUUCUCCUAGCUGCUCUCCUCGUUCUCCUUCUUCUUUUUCACGCUCUCCUAAGACACAGUGGAAGAAAGGAAAAUUACUUGGCAGGGGUACCUUUGGCCAUGUCUAUCUUGGAUUCAACAGUGAAGGUGGGCAGAUGUGUGCCAUUAAAGAGGUCAAAGAUAUCUCUGACGACGCAAAUUCUAAGGAAUCUCUCAAACAGCUAAACCAGGAAAUAGCUUUGCUUAGUCAGCUCUCACAUCCCAACAUUGUGCAGUACUAUGGCAGCGAGCUAACUGAAGACACCUUAUCUGUUUUUCUUGAGUAUGUUUCUGGAGGUUCUAUCCACAAAAUACUUCAAGAAUAUGGCCCUUUUGGGGAAGCAUUAAUACGUAACUACACUGCACAAAUACUUUCUGGACUUGCUUACUUGCAUGGGAGGAAUACUGUACACAGAGAUAUUAAAGGAGCAAACAUACUGGUAGAUCCUAAUGGUGUAGUCAAACUUGCUGAUUUUGGCAUGGCUAAACAUAUGAGUGCAUACACUUCAAUACGAUCUUUCAAAGGAAGUCCUUACUGGAUGGCUCCUGAGGUUGUCAUGAAUAGCAGUGGCUAUGACCUCACGGUGGAUAUAUGGAGUCUGGGUUGCACAAUUAUUGAGAUGGCAACUUCCAAGCCUCCAUGGAGCCAAUUUGAAGGGGUUGCUGCGAUAUUUAAAAUUGCUAAUAGUAAAGAUAUACCUGAAAUCCCAGACCAUUUUUCUCCCGAAGCAAAGGAUUUUCUAAAGCUAUGCUUGCAGCGUGACCCUUCUGCACGUCCCUCAGCAGCUCAUCUGAUGCUUCACGCCUUCGUUCGAGACCAAACAUCUAUCAAGGUUGCAAAGUGGAAUACGGUUAACGAUGUGCCCUAUUCUGUCCCCAAGGCAAGUCAAAUAAUGGGCACUAAGGAUUUUUAUUCGAAUAGAAGUACUCCUCUACAGGAAAGAGAUUAUAGUAUCAGAUACCCAUCCGGAUUGCACUCGAUGUCUCCCCUAUUGUCCAAGAACUCGAGGGACUUGCCUAGCAUGAGGGUGAACAUGUCGUUGCCUGCCUCCCCUUGCUCCAGUCCAUUAAGGCAAUUCAAACAGUCUAAUAGAAGUUGUUUACCUUCUCCCCUCCAUCCAGCUUAUUCAGCCGAACCAGUCAAUUACAAUCCAGUGAAUUCAUCACUCUAUCCAACGAAGCCAAGCUAUAACCCUUCAGAUCCUUGGCUUGACAUUACCCUGUCCAAGGCUCCAAUGCUCAAUGGAUCUCCUCGAUGAUUGAGCAUCUGUUUGUAAAAAUUGAAGCUGCUGGGUUAACAAGGACUUCAGCUUGUGGAUGAAUGGGAAACUGGUUUCAUACAACUGUUCAUCCACUCUAUUCUUCAUCAGAUUGCUGCUUAGGAAGUGUCAUGAGAGGUCCACCGUUGUGUUUUUGUAACUGGUAUGCUAAGUUUUGCUUCUUGUCUUUAGUUCUGUUCAUACUUCAUAGCAUACGUAGCCACCAAAUACAAUCAGUUUUCACCACAUUGUGAGAGCAAAAUUGUGUUCGUAGUUUGUAAUUCAUGUUAAUGGAGAAAAAUGAAACGGGAAAAGAAAAAGAACAGAAGCAAAGUUUCAGGCAA